AUGGGUAAUUUCAAUUGGAAUAAUAAUCCAUAUUCCAACACUUAUAAUCCAGGGGGAAAGCAACAUCCAAACUUUGGUUGGAAUAGUCAUGGUACAAGGAAUUUUAAUAAUACUGCAAGACAGAAUGCCAUCAGUGCACCGACUGAUUAUAAUCAACCUAUGCAAGGGAAAAAUAUCCAACAAGGUCAGGCAUCAUCAUAUAUUGAAGACUUGUUGAAGGAAUAUAUGGCCAAUAAUGAUUAUGUGAUCCAGAGUCAAGCUGCAUCCGUUCAAGCUCUUAAGAAUCAAUUGGGGCAGAUAGCAAAUGCUUUAAGUUCGAGACCACAAAGAGUAUUGCAAAGUGAUACUGAGAAUUUGAGAUCACAAAGGAAGGAACAGUGUAAGGCCAUCACUCUCAGAAGUGGCACUCAGUUGAAUGAAAUUGUUCAAGAUGCCACGGAUUUUCAGCUCAAAAGAUUUUUGAAGGUCUUGAAGCAACUCCAUAUCCACAUAUCAGUAGUAGAAGCUUUGGAGCAAAUACCCAAUUACAUGAAAUUUAUGAAAGAUAUACUAUCGAAGAAGCAUAGAUUGGGAGAAUUUAAGACUGUUGCUCUCACUGAAGGGUACACAGCAAUAUUGAUGAAUAAAUUACCUCCAAAGUUGAAGAACCCAGAGAGUUUCACUAUCCUAUGUUUAAUUGGAAAUCAUUAUGUUGGUAAGGCAUUAUGUGAUUUAGGAGCAAGUAUAAAUCUAAUGUCUUUGUCUGUUUUCAAGAAGUUAGGAAUUGUGAAGGCAAGACCCACAAUAGUCACGCUACAGCUAGCUGAUCAGUCUUACGUACAUGUGGAAGGUAAAAUUGAAAACAUGCUGGUCACGUUCAAUGUAUUUAAUACGCUGAAAUGUGCUGAUGAGAAUGAAGAAUGCCGCAACAUUGACUUGAUAGAAAUAGUAGUGGAGGAAGAAUUCAUAAGAUUUUACCACAGCAAUUCUGAUAGUGAUAAAAAUUCAUUUGAGUGGAGACCCUUGUGCAUUUUGCUGGAGCAAAAUAGACCUUUCAAUUUUGAUGAACAAUGCUUGGUAGCUCAUGUAUAUCCACAUGGAGCUGUUGAUGUCAUGGACAUGUUUAAAGUUAAUGGACAACGCUUGAAGCACUACUAA